AUGUCGGGCUCCGGCGAUCGUCGCGGCGGCGGGCCUCCGGGUUCCGAUGGUGGCUGGGAAACCAUGGGGAAGAAGUCAAAGAAACAAGGGCAAGUAGGUGGGAGACAGUGGGCACCAUGGAGUUCCACAAAUGCGACACCUAACACAGCAAGGCCAGCAUGGGGUGGCAAUGGUUCCUCGCACCCUUCUGGAACAAGUUGGGCUCAAGCUUCAGAUCGUGGUGCUGCUAACCGAUGCAAUCCUAGACCGCCACCACAAACACUGCGCCCUGUUGUGACUCCUCCUCUGGCAAAUGGUUGGCAGUGGCAAUCCAGGCCUCGCCCAUCUGGUUCUGAAGUAGAGAAGGAUGAUGCUCCUCCAUCUGGUUCUGACCCUGAGGUGGAGAAUGUUGAUGGCAGCAAUGCAUCAGAUGAUGAUGAUGAUUUGAGUGAUGAUAUCAGUGAUGACUAUGAUUCUGAUGCAAGUGAGAAAAGUUUUGAGACUCGAAAAACUAACAAGUGGUUCAAAGGGUUCUUUGAAGUCUUGAAUACAUUGUGUGUGGAACAGAUUAAUGAACAAACUAGGCAAUGGCACUGCCCGGCAUGCAAAAAUGGACCUGGGGCAAUUGACUGGUACAAAGGUCUGCAACCUUUAAUGACUCAUGCUAGAACAAAGGGUUCUACAAGGGUUAGGCUUCACAGAGAAUUGGCUGCAUUGCUGGAAGAGGAGCUCUCUCGCAGGGGAACUUCAGUGAUACCAGCGGGCGAACAAUUUGGGAAAUGGAAAGGGCUGCGAGAAAGCACUGAUCGGGAGAUAGUGUGGCCACCAAUGGUUAUUGUUAUGAACACCUUCUUGGAAAAAGAUGACGAUGAUAAGUGGAAGGGCAUGGGGAACCAAGAGCUCCUUGAUUAUUUCGGAGAAUAUGCAGCAACUAAAGCACGUCAUGCCUAUGGUCCCUCUGGGCACCGUGGUAUGAGUGUGUUAAUAUUUGAAAGCUCAGCUGUGGGCUACAUGGAAGCUGAACGUCUGCAUAGGCACUUUGUUAAUCAAAAUAAAGACAGGAAUGCAUGGCAGCUCAACAAGGUUCGAUUCGUACCUGGUGGGAAAAGGCUGCUAUUUGGUUUCUUAGCGAGCAAAGAGGAUAUGGAGGUGUUUAAUAAGCAUUGCCAUGGUAAAAGCCGUCUGAAGUAUGAGAUGAAGUCUUACAAUGAGAUGGUGGUGAUGCAAAUGAAACAGAUGAGUGAAGACAACCAACAACUGAAUUACCUGAAGAACAAGGUGGUUAAGACAGAGCAGCGCUCUAAAGCAGUAGAAGAAACAUUGGGUGUUAUUACCCAGAAGCUACGUGAGACUAUGGAAGAAAAUAUAUUUGUCAGGAGUAAAGCAAAAGAGAAGCACUUGGAGUAUGAGCAAGAGAUGAAGUACCAGGAGGAAUUUUUUCAUAGUCAAAUUGAGGAUAUUCACAAGGCCACAGAGGAUAAAGAAAAGCUGUUUGAGAAGUUGCUGCAGGAGGAGCGCUCAAAGGCUAGACGCUUUGAUGUAGAUUCUGGAACUACCGAAGAUCGUAAGCUAAGGAAGGAUCAUGUACAGAAGUUCAUUGAUUGCCAGGUCAAGGAUGUGGCAGAGUUUGAAGCUGAGCGGGAUGAGCUGAUCAAAGUCCACGAGGAGAAGAAGAUGAAGCUGAAGAAAGAGUACAUGGAGAAGGAGCUGGAGCUGGAGAAGGAGCUCGAGGCAGCCCUGACGGGCCUGAUGGAGAAGCAUAAGCCAGAUACCUUUGAGGCCUCCAGCUCGUAA